AGGAACGUCGUGCGCCAACUGCAAGACGACCACGACCACUCUUUGGAGACGCAAUCAGAACGGCGAGCCCGUUUGCAAUGCGUGCGGACUCUACUACAAGUUACACAAUGUGAACAGACCGCUCACCAUGAAGAAAGAAGGUAUCCAGACGCGCAACCGCAAACUUAGUUCCAAAUCGAAGAAAAAGAAAGGUCCAUGUAUGCCACUCGGAGGACAUUUAGGAGGACCUUUGGGAGAUCUCAUAAAACCUCAUGAGCAGCCUAAGCCGUUUGGAUCAGGAUUCGGAAGCAUGGGUCAACACAGCCACCUCUCUCCGAGCCUGCACGCGCACGCGAUGCCACAUUGGUACAACAUGGGCAGUGUACCGCCAGUUGGAGUCGGCGGCAGUGUCGGCGGCGUCGGAUCAACCCAAGGCGGUUUCGGCGGUCCGCCAGCGCCCGCACCCUACCACCACGUUGCAUCACUGGGACUGAAUUCAAUGAGCGGAUGGCGGUCAGAGUACACGUGAUUCUCUAAAUACUAAGCAACUAAUUUAACGUCUAAUCCUGUGAAUAUGUAUAUAAACAAUUUGUAACAGUACAAAAAGAGUUCCCAAUUACGUUUGUAUAAAAUUUAAAU